AUGCCAUGCUUGAUGUUUGCUGUCUUCAUGGUCUUCCCGUGGAAGCAGAUAAGCUAUUCGAUAAUGCCAAGUGCUUUUGGGGUUCAUGCAGAUGCAUCAACGUAUAAGCUUCUUCUAUAUAAGGUGUAUGCUAAAGCAGAUAUGAAGGAGCAUGUGCAGAUGCUUAUGAGAAAAUCUCUUGUUUAUGAUUUCUCUCAGCAAGAAGAGAAGCUCAAAUCCAGUUGCAAAGCCACAACAAGCGGCAAAUUGACCGAGGCUCUCCGUCUCUUCCUCUCUAUCCUCCACACCAUCCCUCUAGUGGUGGUCGAGUCAAGAAGUGAAGUGGACGAGGUUAAGGAGCUCGUCAUCAUCGUUAAAGAAUAUGUCCUCGGUCUUAAAAUGGAGCUUAAGAGAAGAGAGACGAAAGAUGACCCAGUGAGGCAGCAGGAGCUCGCUGCUUACUUCACUCACUGCAACCUCCAGCUACCUCACUUACGUCUCGCCCUGUUUAGUGCGAUGGGAGACUGCUACAAGGCCAAGAACCUUGCCACUGCCUAUAACUUCGCCAAAAGAUUGUUGGAAACAAACCCAGUGGAGAGCCAAGCCAAGACGGCUAGACAAAUUGUUCAAGCCGCUGAACGCAAUAUGACUGAUGCAACAGAGCUCAACUACGACUUCGGAAACCCGUUUGUGAUCUGCGGGUCAACCUAUACCUAUGUACCCAUCUACAGAGGUCAGAAAGAUGUUUCAUGUCCUUACUGCACCGCCAGGUUUGUACCAAGCCAGGAAGGAAACAUAUGUUCGGUCUGUGAGCUUGCAGUCAUUGGCGCAGACGCAUCUGGUUUGGUAUGCUCUCCCUCUCAGGUCCGGUUAUCAAAAUCGGGGAUUGUCUAG